UGAGAGUGACACCUUUUUACUGUUUUGAUGUUCAUUUUCUCGAUCCUUUUGGCGUCCGAUCCUCUCUAGUCUUUAAAGCUGGAAUGGAUUCAUCCGGUCCAAAAGCCCUAGAUUCUGACACUCCUUCUCCUUCUCCUUCUUCUUCUUCUUCUUCAAACUAUGGCGAUUGGAAGGAACGUAUCUUCUUUCCCACUCUUCUCGCAGGGUUUGUUGGGGGAGGAGCUGGGUUAGUGUCCAAGUAUAGGAAAGUUCAUGGCCUUGCUAAUAUUUCUGCGACUUAUGCUACAAAUUUGUCCAUUGUCGCUGGUUGCUACUGCGGUGCACGUGAGUUUGUUAGAGUUUCUCGAAGGUCAGAACCUGAUGAUCUUAUGAACUCUGCAAUAGCAGGUUUUGGAACUGGAGCUCUUCUUGGACGCCUUCAAGGUGGUCAGCUCGGCUCUGUUCGAUACUCGUUAAUCUUCACCGUUGUUGGGACAACAGUAGAUUAUGCGACACUUAAGCUAAAACCUGUUUUAAGAAGCUACAAAGAAUCGAUAUUUGAAGAAAGUAGUAGUUGGAUGAAAUUGCCAGAAUGGUCCCCUAUUAAAGUUCUUGAUGAGGAAGCUUUAGCUGCUAAACAAGCUCGUGAGCAACAGCUCUACGCACAGAGGGCACUUGGGCAAUUAAACAAAAAGGAUCCUUGAGACAUUUUAUUUUCCCCAUUGAUCAUGGAAGAAAGGAUCUGAAGUUUCUGGGUUUUAUUUUUAUUUAUUUUUAAAAAAUUAUACCAUAUGGUGGGGAGUAGUAAUAAUAAGAAGAGAAUGCUGAUAUUUGUCAUUUCUGUUUUUCUUCAUGCAGGUUCAGCAUGUAAUUUUUUUCUUUCUUGUAUUAUACAAAUUUUCUUUAUAAUCUAUAUGUUGCCCAAAUUGCUGUUCAGUUUCA